GGGGGGAGCGCUGUCAAAGUUCAGCGAGCCCGGCGGAGCUUCCUCUACUGCAGGCGGCGGCCAUCGAUCAGCAGCCGAAAUGGGGAAGUUUAUGAAACCUGGGAAAGUGGUUCUGGUGCUGGCUGGUCGCUAUGCUGGACGCAAAGGUGUCAUAGUAAAGAACAUUGAUGAUGGAACUUCUGAUAGGCCUUACAGUCAUGCCCUUGUUGCUGGUAUUGAUCGUUACCCUCGAAAAGUGACUGCCAAGAUGGGUAAGAAGAAGGUGGCCAAGAGGUCCAAGAUCAAGUCCUUUGUGAAAGUGUACAACUACAACCAUUUGAUGCCAACCAGGUACUCUGUUGACAUUCCCCUGGAUAAGACCAUUGUCAACAAGGAUGUUUUUAGGGAUCCUGCUUUGAAACGUAAAGCCAGGAGGGAAGCCAAAGUAAAAUUCGAAGAAAGGUACAAGACAGGAAAAAACAAAUGGUUCUUCCAGAAGCUCCGAUUCUAAGUUGUACAUCAGUAUAAAUAAAUUUUCAUUUAAAAUGU